AUGGGAGUAAGCCCAACAUUUUUUUUUUCCUUUUUCUCUUCUCUUCUCUUCUCUUCUCUUCUUCUCGGCCGGUUACCUUCCCCAUGGAGACUCCCCAUUUUCCCCACUUCUUCACCUUCCAUCUCCUCACUUAAUUCUGCAAAAAAAAAAAAUCAAGAGUCUCACAAAUUAAGUUUGAUAUCCCUUUAUCUCCACUCCUUCUCUAUUCUCAUUAGCCUUUUUCCAAGCAAUUCAGAGAGGGAGUCGAGAGAGAGAGCCGAGAAGAAGGGGAAGAAAAUUUGCUACCAUUUUGAUUCAACCACAACCAAGUUCGAAAUCACUGAGAUGGCGAUCAUGAUCCACGCACCGCUAAGGGGAAGGUACGUCAAGAAUGGACUACGGGCAGUGGAACUCUAUCGGGGGUUCGAGAGGGACGAGAGGGCCCCUUUGAUGUCCUAUGUUUCCUACUACUUGGCACUAUGGCGGGAUGCUCAUGGGUAUGGAGUGAGGCACUAUGAAGGUAUUAAGAGAUUGAUUGAUGGAUUACCGGCGCCUUGGAAUAGGUGGGCCGACGAGGCUUCGCGACCAUACAUUUGGCAUAAGCUCUCCGACUAUAGUGUGCAAGGAGACAUGCAUGAUUUUGUGAAAGUUCUCUUGGAAGCCCUGGUCGAUGCUCGUGACGGACCACCACCCUAUGCCCCACCUAGAAGGGAGGCAUCCUCAUCGAGUCGCAGCCCCUACAGCGGGGGUCGGUACGAGGGUGAGACGCCGCAACCAAACUUCCCCAAGAGGAGGAGGCUUGGAAUGCGUACCUCCGCACCUCCCGCGACGGAAGUCCUUGUGGUCGAUAAGCAUAUCGACGUAGCUACUUAUGUGAGGGAGAACGAUGAGGAAGAGGAGGAAGAUCCUCUUGAAGAUGAAGAAGAACCCCUUGAGGAUGAGGAAGAACCUCUUGAAGACGAGGAGGAUCCCAUGGAGGAAGAGGAUGACCCCGAGGAAGAGCCACUUGAAAGGGAGAUUGAAGUCAAAAGCGAGGGAGGGGUGAACGUUGAGAGAGCUCCCGAGGAGUAGUGUUCUCUUUCUGUUUUGUUAGCUUUCGAAUGUUUUGUUUUGACGAACUGUGUAAUGUUUUCUUGCGGCUUUGGUGUUCCUUGUUGCAAAGACCUUGUGGAAACACGUACUUGUUUUGUUUUAAGUUAAUAAAA